AUGACGCGGAUGAGGAUGGAAUAUUUGUAUCCGAUUAUAGACCCCAACAAGAAGAGGAAGAAGCAGGACAUGGAGGGCGAUGAAAACCAGAACAAGAAGACCAAGAAAGACACGGAGGACCACGAGAAGCAGUACAAGAACACGAAGAAGGACACAGAAGACCACGAGAAGCAGGACAGGAAGACGAAGAGGGGCACGAAGGACCACAAGAACCAAGACAAGAAGAGGAAGAAGGACACGAAGGAUCACGAGAAGCAGGAAGAGAAAAGCAAGGACAAGGAACAUCACGAGAACCAACACAAAAACACCAAGGGAGAAGGCAGGAAAAACCGAAGGAAAGGGCCAAAAAGACGUGAGAGCCAGGCCAAGAAGAGGAAAGGUAAGAGUAUUGAAGACCAUGAUAGCCAGGCCAAGAAGAGAAAGGGGCAGGGCAAAGAGGACCAUGACACCCAGGUCACGAAGAAGUUGCACGACAAGGAGGAACAUGACAGUCAGGCCAAGAAAAGAAAGAGGCAGGACAAGAAGGAAGAUGACACCCAGGCCAAGAAAGUGAAGAGGCAGGACAAGGAGAAACAUGACACACAGGCCAAGAAAAGGAAGAGGCAGGACAAGGAGGAACAUGAAACCCAGGAAGAGGGAGGGCGGGACAGCAGCAACGUGCUGAAGCUGAAGGUGGAGGCCGAAAGAGUCAAAAAGAAGAGGAGUGUGAGCGAGUACUGCCGUGUUCAUCUUGAGGAAGGACACAUGACGGAUGCGACCGUGCGCGGCCAUCCAUGUCUUGUCUUUUUUGACACCGGCGCCUCAGCCAGCAUCAUGUUCCUGUCACUGGCUAAGAGAGCGGGCCUCCUCACGGGCCGCGAGAAGACAGAAAAAAUACUCUUCUCUACCUGGAAUGGCAUCCUGUUGCUGGACGUGAUCAUGCUCGACGAGGUACUGUUGGUGCUGUAG